AUGAUCGAUCUCAGUCGGCGCCUCGCCAAGAACGCCUACGAUGAGAAGACCAAUCCCGACGGCAUUGUCGACCUUGGCUCAGCAAUCAAUGAAUUGAUGCUCGAUGACCUAGAAAAAUGGCUCAGAAACAAAGAGACGACCGAGGAUAGGAGGAAGUACCUGAGAUACAAUGACACACAGUCUUCUCCCGAGCUACCUGAAGCAGCAGCCACGUUCCUAAACCAUUUCUUUCACCCUCACGUCCCUUUACAAUCGAGCAAUAUCCUCGCAGCCAAUGGCGUCACCGCCUUGCUCGAUACCCUCUUCUUCAACCUCGUUGACGCAGGCACUGUCGUUCUCGUACCCACACCGAGUUACGGUAUGUUCCAACACGACCUGACGACACGCAAUGGGGUACACUUUGUCGCCGUGUCAUGUGAUGACAUCACCAAAGCACGCUUCCGACAGCACAUCCGACCCAGGCGACCACCGCCGGAACUGACAAACCGCCUAAGCAAGGCGGUGAACGAGCAAAAGGCCCUGGGUAGGACUGUUGCCGCAGUCUUGAUCGCGAACCCGGACAACCCGUUGGCCUGUUGUUACUCGCCAGGUAUGCUGCGGUGGAUCGUGAGGUGGUGUAGGGAGGAGCGAGUCCACCUGGUGGUGGAUGAGGUGUAUGCGCUCAGUGGAGGCAGGGAUUUUACGAGCGUCUUGAGCUUGGACUUGGCGGAUAUGGUGGAAAACGUUCAUGUGUUGUAUGGGAUGGCCAAGGAUUUCGGAUUAGGGGGUUGUCGCGUGGGUUUCAUGGCGACGUACAACAAGCAGCUAUAUCAGACCAUGCGAACGUGCAGUAUGUUUACUUGGGUGUCGGCCUUCGGCGGGAUUGUUGCAGCCAAGUUAUUAUCGGAUACCGGAUACGUCUCAGAAACUUUCCUACCCAAGUUUCACAAGCUCUUGCAAGACCGAAGAGACUAUCUCGGACGAGUCCUCGCAGCACAAGGCAUCGAUUACAUACCACCCGAUGCUGGUGUCUUUAUCUUUGUGGACCUAUCUCACUGGCUGUCAUACUUUGACGGCGAUGACACCGCGUGCGAGACCGCAUUCCUCGAGCAUCUAAUGGAUAGAGGCGUUUUCUUGGAGCCUAGCCAGGCCUUCUCCUCCUCGACUCGUGGGCACUUUCGGCUCAACUAUGGUGGGAAUGGGUCUUGGUUUGUCCUCGGCUUGAGGAGGCUGUUUGCGACACUCAGAGAGCUUGAUGGGGAGAAAAUUCCCUUCGACGCAGCAGAUAUCCCCAUGAUUGAUGGUGAUGAAGGCUCAAAGUGGGAGCUCUUCUCGUGUCUGAAGUCUCGCAGCUGA